GGUCAGCAGACAGGAAAGAGUUCCAACAAAAGAAGCCAGAGUCGAGCAUAUCCAAAUUCACUCACCGGCUGUCCCUAAAAGAGCGGCAGACCAAACCUGAGAAGACUACACUGGAUAGACCUCCGUCCUACAGGAGGCGCUCUCUCAGUCUGGACUGGGCCGACUCAGCCAAGAUGAACCAGCGAGAGAUGCGAGAGCCUCAUCCUCCUCCCAUCCGGAACAAGUCCACCAGUCUGUCAUCCCCCAGUGCCGCCCGACGCCUUUACAGGAACCUGUCAGGGAAGUUCCGUGUGGGCAACCUGCCUGGCCUGGAGGACAGUGUGGUAUCGGGACGAGGCGAUAAGGAGCGCCUCCGCAAGUCCACUAUGUUCCAGAGUAACGAGGCGCUGUUCGAGGCGGUGGAGCACCAAGAGAUGGACCUGGUGCAGUUACUCCUGUCCCAGUACAGUAUGGAGGAGCUGGACCUCAACACCCCUAACAGUGAGGGCCUGCUGCCCCUGGACAUCGCAGUCAUGACCAACAACGUACCCAUGGCCAGGCUGCUGCUCCGCGCCGGAGCCAAGGAAAGCCCCCACUUUGUGAGCCUGGAGGGCCGUGCGGUGCACCUGGCCACGUUGGUCCGUGAGGCCGAGCAGCGUGUGGGGGACUUGCAGGCCCAGGUGCGGAGUGAGUUCCCCGGGGAGCGGGAGGCGUCGGACCAUGAGAGGCAACUCAAGGCCUGGGAGUGGAGGCACCGGCUCUUCAGACGCAUGCAGACGGGCUUUGAGCAUGCCAGCCCUCCGGAUGUUCCCAGCUCUGUCCGUCUGUCUGUCCUUAGCAGCUCCAGUCUGAGGGUGGACUUCCAGGAGCCUCUCAGUGUCAACUCUGCAGUAGUCACCAAGUACAAAGUGAGUUGGAGCGGUUCCCCUUCCCUCAGUCCUCUGUUGGGUGAGGCGCUAGUAGAGGACACCAGUCUACUGCAGUGCAACAUUACCGACCUCACACGCGGAGAUUAUUACUAUUUCCAGGUGUCUGCCUUCAACAUGAAGGGAUGGGGUCCUGCCCAGAACUCCACCCCAUCCUGCGCCUCCCCUUCCAGUUGGAGGGAGAUUGACGGCCGCUCACCUCGCCAGCGGGGACAGAAGGAGGCGCUAGACCAGCUACUGGGACAGAUUAAAGAGACGCACCGCCACUGUGUGUGCCACGAGCAGUGCAAAGCCCCUCCACACGUGAGGAAACAUUCCGUAUCCAAAAGCCUGCGCCACCUCUUCCAGCCUACCAGCAAAUUUGUCAAAAGCUUGAAACGAGGUCUCUACUUGACGUCUAUAUUCUACCGAGAUGACAAUGUACUCGUGACGCCUGAGGACCAGAUCCCCAUCGUAGAGAUAGAUGACUCCUACUCCAGCUCACUGAUGCAGGACUUCCUAUGGUUCACUAAGGUGUCCUACCUAUGGGAGGAGAUUCCGUGGCUGCAGCAGUGUCUCAGCCCCUCCCAGUCUUCCUGCUCCUGCACCCUCCAGACACGCCUCAAGAUGCUACAGGCCGUAUCCCAACUACAGGGAAUGCUGGGAACUCAGGACCUGGGUCAGGUUUACUUUGAGCCAAUCAAAGACAAGCAUGGCAACGCUCUGCUGGUGUUGCUGAAGGACAUGAACGUGUGUCCCAGUCUGGACGGGGUGAAGUGGACACAUCUGUGUAAGCUUCAGCUUCAACGCAAGUCCAUCUCGUCCCCCGAGGAGCCCACGGCCCUGGACACGCUGCUCAUCACCCUCCACGAGAAGCUGGCGUACCACAGACGGAGCAGGAAGCUCCUCUCCCCAGGCCUGUACCUGGGCUACCUGAAGCUGUGUAGCUCUGUGGACCAGAUCAGAGCCCUGGUGCCUCAGAAGCUACCCAACGUCCUCUGUCAUGCUAAGAUACGAGACAACUGUAAUGUGUCUAGGGAGGAGUGGCAGUGGCUGCAGGCCCUCAGUUCUCUGGAGGAGUCUCUGGAGAUGGACCAGGAUGUGCAGAGCGCUCCACACCGCCUCCUACAGGACCUACGCAGCGCUGCCAAGGACCUCAUGGCCCACAUGAACAUCCCUGUCAGCCAGGUGCAGGACUUCCGUAUCUACGCCCAGGAGGUGUUGGAAUUUGGGGACAAGGUGUCCUUCCUGCUACUGCUGCCCCCCUCAGACGACGUGUGUACGGCCCCCGGCCAGAGCAACCCCUACUCCCCCCGGUCAGGCUUCCUCACCCUGCCUCUGCAGAUCUUUGAGCUGGUUCACUUUGAUGCCUACUGCCCCAGCUUCAUAGGGCAGUACUGCCGUGUGUCUGCCCUGCUGGAGCUGGAGUCGCUCAUGUCCCAGCAGACCCUGAGGGAGGCCUUCUCUGAGACGGAGCUCCACGCCGCCAAGCAGAAACACCAGCAGGUCCAGGAGCACAUGCAGCAAAUGGAGGAAGUGUGGCGGGAGGCGCGGUGGAUCAUGGACGCCCUGCAGUAUGCCCGCUACAAGCAGCCCACCGGGGCCAUUUCCCUGGCCUGGAUCAUCCACUUCUCCAUGGACGCAGUGCCCGACACGCCCCGCUCCACCUCCUCCCAGCCAGACUACCUUCCCUCACCCAUGCCCUCCCCCGAACCCAGCCGCAAGCACUCUUUAGACUUCCACGGUCUCUCAGAUGAAGAGGGUUCCUCUGAGGUCUUCCUCACCACUGACAGCGACUACGACUCUAGCCGUGCCCAGAGCCCCCGCGAGUUGGACCUUCUGCCCCCCUCGCCCCUCUCCUCCUCCGGCGGCGGUGUGGGAGGAGGGGGUGGAGGGGGUUCAGGGACAGGAGCGCUGAGAGACUCCACCCCAGACGUGCUCCAGGCUUCGGAGCCCCAGACAGGCCCUACCGGCGAACAGCGGCUGAGCGGAGGGGGGCCCGGUGGGGAGAGGCGGAGGGGC